AUGCCUCGUCAUGUAAUUAGUGACGCGCAUGAAUGGAUUAACGAGAUUCCCACUGUCCCUAUCUACUAUCUAGCGAAGCCACAGCCGGAGGAACGGGUCCGGGGCUGUCAGCGGGGAAAGAAGACCCUGUUGAGCUUGAUUCGCGAUUGGCUUGGUUGGGCGAGAGCGCAGGUGUAGCUUAGGUGGGAUUGCUUUACGGCGCAAGUGAAAGACCACUACUGCGUUCCUCGUUCAACUCACUCGAUGAGGACCACGAGA